GGGUGGGACAGACAGGGUCACGUGGAGUUGCGUUCAGCGGGAGGAAGCCAGGCAGUGUGCAGACGGCUGCUGAUUCUGGGGCUGGUCAGGAAGUCAAGGAGAAGCCCCACCAUGGACCCACCAUCGCCAAGCCAGGUCCCCCAAGCCCAGUCUGCAGCCCCAUCCCCGCUGACCUCCUACCGCUGGCACACAGGGGGCAGUGGGGAGAAGGGGGCUGGAGGGUUCCGCUGGGGCCGCCUUGCGGGCUGGGGGAGGGCGCUGAGCCACCAGGAGCCCGUGGUCAGCAACCAGCCAGCCCCUCGCUCGCUGUUCCGUCGUGUCCUCUCUGCACCCCCCAAGGAGUCGCGCACAAGCCGCCUUCGGCUGUCCAAGACCCUCUGGGGGAGGCAUAAGAGCCCACCGCCGGACUCAGAGCCAGAGCCGGAGGCCCCAGAGCCUGAGCCAGAGCCGGAGCCCCCUGUCCCACAGAUCCCCGAGGCCCCCACCCCCGACGCGCCCAUCUGGAACAUUGGGGCCUUCACUCUGCUGGACGGGAGGCUGCUGCUGCUUGGGGGUGAGGAGGAGGGUCCUCGCCGGCCCCGGGUGGGGAGCGCUAGCUCUGAGGGCAGCAUCCAGGUGGCCAUGGGGAGCCUCAGGGAUCCAGACCGGAUCCCAGGAAAGACCGAGCCAGAGGCUGCUGGCCCCAACCAGGUCCACAACGUUCGGGGGUUGCUCAAGCGACUGAAGGAGAAGAAAAAGGGCAGGUCGGAGCUGGGAGCCAAUGCCUCCCGGGAUGGACCCCCCAGUGCUCUGGGCUCUCGCGAAUCGCUGGCCACACUCUCCGAGCUGGACCUGGGCGCCGAGAGGGACGUGCGGAUCUGGCCGCUGCACCCCAGCCUCCUGGAGGAGCCUCACUGCUUCCAGGUAACGUGGGCAGGCGGGAGCCGCUGCUUCUCUUGUCGCUCGGCCGCUGAGAGAGACCGCUGGAUCGAGGACCUUCGUCGCCACUUCCAGCCCAGCCAGGACAAUGUGGAGCGGGAAGAGACGUGGCUGAGCGUGUGGGUGCACGAAGCAAAGGGGCUGCCCCGGGCGGCGGCGGGGGCGCCGGGCGUAUGCGCCGAGCUGUGGCUGGAUGGCGCGCUGCUGGCACGCACGGCGCCACGGGCUGGCUCGGGCCAGCUCUUCUGGGCCGAGCGCUUCCACUUCGAGGCGCUGCCACCGGCACGACGCCUGUCGCUGCGGCUGCGCGGAGUGGGCCCGGGGGGCGCUGUGCUGGGCCGCGUGGCACUGGCGCUGGAAGAGCUGGGCGUCCCCCGCGCGCCCGCCGCCGGCCUGGAGCGCUGGUUCCCGCUGCUCGGGACAUCAGCCGGCGGGGCGCUGCGGGCGCGGAUCCGGGCGCGGCGCCUGCGUGUGCUGCCGUCCGAGCGCUACAAGGAGCUGGCGGAGUUCCUCACUUUCCACUACGCGCGCCUCUGCGGGGCGCUCGAGCCCGCGCUGUCAGCGCAGGCCAAGGAGGAGCUGGCGGCUGCCAUGGUGCGCGUGCUGCAGGCCACCGGCAGGGCGCAGGCGCUGGUGACAGAUCUGGGCACCGCGGAGCUGGCACGCAGCGGAGGCCGUGAGGCACUGCUGUUUCGGGAAAACACUUUGGCCACCAAGGCCAUCGACGAAUAUAUGAAGCUGGUGGCACAGGAUUACCUCCAAGAGACUCUGGGGCAGGUCGUGAGGCGUCUCUGUGCCUCCACUGAGGACUGUGAGGUGGACCCCAGCAAGUGCCCAGCCGCAGAGCUGCCCCAGCACCAGGCCAGACUGCAAAACAGCUGUGAGGAGGUCUUCCAGAACAUCGUCCACUCCUACGACUGCUUCCCGGCGGAGCUGGGCACCGUGUUCUCAGGCUGGCGAGAAGAAUGCAAGGCUCGUGGCUCUGAGGCACUGGGCCCCCGACUAGUGUGUGCCUCUCUCUUCCUGCGGCUCCUGUGUCCCGCCAUCCUGGCACCCAGCCUCUUUGGCCUGGCACCAGAGCACCCAGCACCCGGCCCAGCCCGCGCCCUCACGCUGAUUGCCAAGGUCAUCCAGAACCUUGCCAACCAUGCCCCGUUUGGUGAGAAGGAGGCCUACAUGGGCUUCAUGAAUAGCUUCCUGGAGGAUCACGGACCAGCCAUGCAACACUUCCUGGACCAAGUGGCCAUGGUGGAUGUGGACGCAGCACCCAGUGGUUACCAGGGCAACAGUGACCUGGCCCUCCAGCUGGCGGUCCUGCACGCACAGCUCUGUACCAUCUUUGCUGAACUUGACCAGGCAACUCGUGACAGCCUGGAACCACUACCCACCAUCCUGCGCGCCAUUGAGGAGGGCCGCCCUGUACCUGUGUCUGUGCCAAUGCGCCUCCCACCACCCCCAGCCCAGGUCCACUCCAGCUUCUCCACAGGGGAAAAGCCCGGCUUCCUGGCCCCUCGGGACCUCCCCAAGCACACCCCUCUCAUCUCCAAGAGCCAGUCCCUGCGCAGCGUUCAGGGCGCAGGGAGUUGGGCCUGGCAGCGGCCAGACGAGGAGCGGCCCCCGAGGCUGCCCAGGCCGGUGCAGCGCACGCAGAGCGUCCCUGCUGGCCGUGCCACUCGCCGCCGCCCAUCUGCGGGGCCCAGACCACGACCCAAAGGCUCCCUACGCAUGGGCCCCGCGCCCCGCAGCCGGCCCUGGACCGGAGCCUCCACCUCGCUGCCUCGGAAGCCGUCGGUGCCCUGGCAGCGCCAGCUGGACCAGCCGCGAGACAGAGACCAGGCGCCCGGCGCGCACCGACCCGUGGGCAAGCUGGCAGAGCUGCAGUGCGAGGCGGCCGCCCUGCGCGAAGAACAGAAGAAGCUGUCGGGCCUCGUGGAGUCGCUGAGCACCGACAUCCGGGCCUUGACGGAGCAGCAGGAACAGCUUCGGGGCCGCCUGCAGGACCUGGACUCCAGGCUCCUUGAAGGGACCUCGCAGUCGGAUCCAGGGCGCCAUCCUCCAAGCAGUGAGGACCACAGGCUGAAAAGUCUGGAGCUCCGCCUGGCUGAGAUGGAGAAUACUCAGGCCCAGCUGAGGGAUGCCGUCCAGAGCCUGCAGCUUCUUCCGAGGACGUCAGGAUCCCGGAGCCAGCCCCUGCCCCUCAAAGCACCCUGUGUCAAUGGAGACACCACCUGAGCUGCCCAUCCCAUCCCACGUGGUCUGGGAGCAGAGAGAUAGCGUCUUGGGGGUCAGUCUCACCCCUGCCUCACCCCUAGGUGGCCUACAGUGGGAGUGGAGCUGUAGGUGCCCACCGGUCUGGCACCAUGAGCUUGCCCAGUAAAAUCUUGAUUUCGGUAAAA